CAUCUGCCGCCUUUCCGUGGCGAAAGGGGCCCUUGGGCGCGCGAGCGUUUCCGGGGCAGCGUCUUCACCGUCAUGCUCGGCGUCUGCGUCGUGAUCGCCAUCAUCAUGACAACGCUCCGCGCCUUCACCUGCGACGACCUCUUCCGAUUCAACAACAUCAAUCUGGACCCGCUGACCGAGACCUACGGGAUUCCCUUCUACUUGCAGUACCUCGCCCACUGGCCCGAGUAUUUCAUCGUCGCCGAGGCUCCCGGCGGGGAGCUGAUGGGUUACAUCAUGGGCAAAGCCGAAGGCUCUGUGGCUAGGGAAGAAUGGCAUGGACACGUUACUGCUCUCUCUGUUGCACCAGAAUUUCGACGGCUGGGUUUGGCUGCUAAAUUAAUGGAGCUCCUGGAAGAAAUUUCAGAAAAAAAGGGUGGAUUUUUUGUCGAUCUCUUUGUGAGAGUAUCAAAUCAGGUUGCUGUAAAUAUGUAUAAGCAACUAGGCUACAGUGUGUACCGGACAGUCUUAGAGUACUACUCAGCUAGUAGUGGGGAGCCAGAUGAAGAUGCUUAUGAUAUGAGAAAAGCUCUUUCCAGAGAUACAGAGAAGAAAUCAGUUAUACCUCUGCCUCAUCCUGUGAGACCAGAAGACAUUGAGUAACUUUAAGCUGUGGUUCUCAUGCAAUUUACCAAGGGUCAGGUUCCAUCUUCUAUAACCCCCAACAACUUAUGCAUAAGAAGUUUUAGGCCAAAUGUUUUUCCCAUAAAAUACUUAAAAGCAAUGUUGAGAAGCUGACUAACACUGCUUCUUUUGGUAAUGCCUCUAUACUGCCGCACUUACUCAAUUUUUCCUUUCACAUGUUGGAGAGUUGGAGACUAUUAAAAUGGAAUUACUUCCUGUA